AUGGGGACUGUUGAGGAAGGCCUGAAGUGCCCCGUCUGCCAGGAUUUCUUCACGGAUCCGGUGACACUCCAGUGUGGACAUAACUUCUGUCUCACCUGUAUCCAGGCUGUCUGGGAAACAGAUGGACCUAAUGAAGGGCCUUUUUUCUGUCCAGAGUGUCAGAUAUUCCUCCCCUCUGACCUCACUCUGGAGAUAAACACCAGCCUUCAGACGAAAGUAAAGGACUUCAUCGCUAACGGUUCAUCAAUAGCACAACUACAGACAACAUCUUCAAGCAGGGCAACCAAAUCACCUUCAACCGUCCUCUGUGACCACUGCAUAGAGAUGUCAUCGGUGGCCAUAAGGACCUGUCUGACCUGUGAUGCUUCUCUGUGCCAGGCUCACGCCCUGCUGCACGAGCAGAGGUCUGCUCUGAGGGAGCAUUCAGUUGUGGAGGUGACGGGAGAUCCGCUGUCUCUGAAGUGCAGGGACCACCGUGAUGAGCUCAAGCUCUUCUGUAUGGAGGAAAAGGUCCCAGUGUGCUGUUUGUGCGUCCUCGUUGGUAUGCACAAGAACCACAAAGCGUAUCAACUCCAUGAAGCCUGCGCACACUUCAAGGGCAUGUUAGAGACCACAAUGAACCAGCUGCUGAAGAGGAGAAGUGAAGCAGAACUUGCAAUCAAGGAUUUGGAGUCACUGUAUACACAAACAGUGAAUUCUGCUGCAGAUUUCAGAGAGAGAAUCUCAGACAAGUAUAGCAGAAUUCGUGUGGUGUUGGACGGUGAUGAGCGUCUGAUGAUGCAGAUCAUAGAUGCAGAGGAGACAUAUAUGACAGAGUGGCUAGAAGCCCAGAGGGCCAUUAUGGAGGCCCAGAUCAAAGAGAUAGAUAGUCUCAGAGCCUCCAGCAAAUCACUCCUUCAGGACACAAAUGAUCUGCGAUUCCUGCAGCAAAUCACAGCACAGAAUCUUUCUGACCCUUUGGAUUUAGCACCUAUCCAGGAAGUAGACAGGGAUCUGUGUGACCCUGAGAAACUGAGAACAGUAGAGAAGCUGGUGGAUGACCUUUCGGUGGCUUUAGCUCAACACUUUCCACGAAUGUGGUCAUAUCUAAGUUCUCCAACUCUUGAUUCUAAGACAGCCCAUCCAAAACUAGAAAUAUCCCAUGACAGGAAGCAAGUGUACUGGAGAAGACAGCCUGUCAGUGAGACUCUGUACCCUCAACCAUAUGACUCCCAGUACAGCGUCCUGGCUCAGGAGAGUUUUAAUAAUGGCCAGAACUACUGGGAGGUCAUAGUCCAGGAGAAACCCUACUGGCUGAUUGGUGUGACUACUUGUCCAGUGGAUAAAAAAGACGGACAGAGUCAGAGUUCCUCUGGCCUGGGUGUGAACAACACAUCCUGGUGCAUCUACCACGGAGAUGGGGAGUACCUAGCAUGUCAUGAUACCCAGGAGAAGAAACUGUCAGUGGGAAAGAAAGUUAGAAAGCUGGGCAUACUGAUCAACCUCCAGAAGGGGGAGCUGUCAUUCUACGAUGCUGAUGCUAUGACUCUGCUUCACUCUUUCUGUGUUCAGUGCACAGAGCCUCUCUACGCCAUGUUGAACCCAUGCAUUGAUGUAAAUGGACUGAACAGGCAACCUCUCACCUUAUUUUGGAUUAAGGACCCUUGGGAGUGGCAUGUAAACACAGAUGGACAUAAAGAAUGA